AUGGCUCAUCAUGAGGAUAAGUUGAUUGGAAAGGAUAAUGUGGUGUUUAACUGCAGUUACAAAGAACAAAGUAAUGAUAAAGAUAAAAGUGCACAAGAUGAGGUAGAUGGUGAAUCGAUGACGUUGGCUACAAGGUACAACGAUGGAUCGGUCAAGUUACGAAAUCCCAACAUCGAACUAAUGGAUCAAGAUAUUCUCUAUCAUUUGGCGUUAGGUAGCGGUAGCCAUGAUUUGCAAGAAAUGUUUGGAGAUGUUAAGUUUGUUUGUAUGGGUGGAACACCCAAGCGCAUGGAGUCGUUUGCGCAUUUUAUUAUGGACGAAAUUGGUUAUAAACUCCCCGCGGGUACCCAGCUACAAGAUAUAAGUGAAUUUUCUUAUCGUUAUUCUAUGUAUAAGGUUGGUCCCGUACUAUCUAUUAGUCAUGGAAUGGGAGUUCCUUCCGUUGGAAUUCUUUUGCAUGAACUGAUUAAACUGAUGUAUCAUGCGAAAGCAAAAGAUCCCAUAUUCAUUCGGAUUGGAACGUGUGGAGGCAUUGGUGUGGAAGGAGGAACGGUCGUAAUUACCGAGGAUGCGUACGAUGGUUUGUUACGCAACAGCUAUGAAUUGGCAAUCCUUGGUAAUAUUGUACAUCGUCCAGCAAUUCUUGACAAGCGGCUUGUACGGGAACUAAAAUCAUUAUCGUCCAACGAUGAUCCUUACGACACAAUCACUGGCAAAACUAUGUGCACCUACGACUUUUAUGAAGGGCAAGGAAGGCUAGAUGGUGCAUUCUGUGAAUUUUCAGAAACGGAAAAAAUGGUUUAUUUGGAAAAAUUGCGUGACUUUGGUGUAGUAAACAUCGAGAUGGAGUGUACCAUCUUUGCUGCUCUUACGCAUUAUGCUGGGAUCAAAGCAGCUAUCGUGUGCGUAACUCUGUUGGAUCGACUUAAAGGUGACCAGGUUAUGGCACCAAAGGAGGUGAUGAAUGAAUGGCAACAACGACCCCAGAUAUUAGUUUCACGGCUUAUCAAGAAACACCUCGCCCAAAUGGGUCAGUUGAAAUCGUUGGCUUCGACUCCUUCAUCUAUCAAAUCUCCUCGACGUUUCAAACUUGUGCAACAGGAAUCGGAAGCUCAUGAGUAACUUGUUUGUUUCAAGAAAAAAGGAAUAGCAUGCUUGAGAAAAUACGUCGUGAUCGUAAUCGCGUAUUUAUUGAGCGCGUUUUCAUUACAUUAUAGCAUAAAAAGACAAAUGAUAUUGGUUACAUGGCGGUGCCUACGGUUUAUCAGGUACUAACAACACCUAAA